CAUACUUAAACGGUUAUUAAAAAAGUGAUUAGACGUUUUAUUAAAUAAUGACAACUACCAUUCCCGUACCCGAGUGGUUAAAUGCUGAGCUCUUCGUUAGUGUUUUAGAGAAAAAUGUAGAAAAUUUUGGCAAAAUACAAAACUUUGUAGCUAAGCCAGCAUUUGCUGCGGGAGAGAACUAUUUAUCUACAUUAUGGUCCAUAGAAAUUGAGGUAGCAUUAAAAGAUGGUUCUACAAAAAACCUAAAAUAUAUGCUGAAAGUACCCCCCGAGUCUCCGCAGGCCAUGGCUAUAGUAACCAUGUUGAACUCCUUUAAACGUGAAUUGAUUUCAUAUUAUGAACUUUUGCCAGCUUUUGAAAAAAUGUAUGAGAAGCAGGGACAUAAUGUGCAUAUUGCACCAAAGGCUUUUAAAUUCGACAAAGAUUUAGGCAUGGAUGUUAUUCUAAUGGAGGAUAUACGUGUGGAUGGCUAUAAAACUAUGAAUCGCUUGGAGGGUCUAGAUAUGGAACAUACAAAAUGGGCUUUGAAAAAACUGGCACAAUUCCAUGCAGCCUCUGCUACUUAUAUUGCUGAGAAAGGCAGCUUACCAGAACUGCUAAUGAAACCAAUGUUAAAUGAACAAAUGUUGAGUGUUUUGGCACAAUCCCAGAAGCCGCAAGAAGAAAAAUUAUUGCAAAGUUUAGCUCUGUAUAAGGCAGAACAUUUAAGAGAGAAAAUUAUAAAUUUCCAUCCCAUUUAUAUUGAACAGCUGCGUGAGAGUGAUAAUGACAGUACUCAAAACCCAGAUGGUUUUUAUGUGUUCAGUCAUGGCGACUGCUGGUCCAACAACAUAAUGUUCCAACACGAUGACAUGGGUCAUAUAAUCGAAACAUUAUUUGUGGACUUUCAAGCUGGUCGUUAUGUUACACCUGCAUUAGAUUUACAAUACUUUUUACUGUCAUGUCCUUGUUUGGAUAUAAAAAUAAAGUACUUUGAUUAUUUUGUGCAAUAUUACCACCAAGAGUUGGUAGAACAUUUAAAAAUUUUGAACUACACAAAAUCACUGCCAUCUGUAACUGAUGUUCAUAAAUGGAUUUACAAAACAAGUUUUAUGGGCUAUACUGUAAUACUAAAAGCUUUGCCAGUUUUCUUAUUGGAUCCCACAACUACAAACGAUAUUUCCAUGGAUAAUAUGAUGGGUGAUAAGUCGGGUGGUAGUGAUAUGCAACAUGCCAUGUAUACAAAUGAACGUUAUGUCAAGCAAUUGCAACAAAUUUUACCCUGGAUGGAAAAUCGUGGCUAUUUCGGAUGAAAUUUUCUGUUUAUAUUACUAUAGGAAACUUUAUUGCUAAACAUGUUAUUAGUCAUUAUAUUAUCUAAAGUAUUAUUUUGUUAUCUGUUAUCUUUAUUAUACUUAUUUGGUUUUGUAUUAAAACUAACUACUUAAUAAAGAAA